UAGGCCGGAAGUCAAACCGAUAUGAGUGCUGUGAACGGAGGAGAUGGCAGUGAGUGAUAAAUGUCUGUGAACUUAGAAAGUUUUUGAUAUGAAAAUGCAAAUAUUUCAUUAAUGGAAAUGGCCUAAAGUCAGAGUCCUACAGACUUAUGCCUUACUUUAUAUCAAGUGAGUUAAAGGGAAUUAAAAGUGUAUUGAGAACAAGAAGUGAAAGGAAGAGAGAGGAGAGUAGAUUCAAGUAUUAAGAGGAUUAAUUAUGAAUGGAUUAAAGGGGAAAUAUGUUCCUUCCAGUAGUAUUAAGACCGAACCGUUAACAGAUAAAUAUACCAUUGAGGGAAACAUUGGACGGGGAAAAUAUGCAGUUGUUAAAAAGUGUGUCAAUAACGAAACAAAAGAUGUUGUGGCGGCCAAAUUCAUACGCAAACGGCGGAAAGGAAAGAGUGCGAGAGAAGAAAUCUUACGAGAAGUGGUGAUGUUAGAAAUGGCAUUUGCUCAUCCACGAUUGGUGGAUUUAUUAGAAGUUUAUGAAACGUCAUCAGAACUUAUUUUAAUCACUGAGUAUUGUGAAGGAGGAGAAUUAUUCCAUGAAUGUGUAAUAGAAGAAUCAUUUAAAGAAGAAGAUGUAAUAAGAUUGGUUGUACAGAUAUUAGAGGGUUUAGUUUAUUUACAUGAACAGAAUAUAGUACAUUUAGAUUUAAAGCCACAAAAUAUAUUAUUAACAAAACCGUUUCCACAUGGAAAUAUUAAAAUCUGUGAUUUAGGUUUUGCGUGUUUAGUUCAUGCUGGUGAAGAUAUACGAGAUAUUAUAGGAACAGCUGACUAUGUUGCACCAGAAGUUUUAGAUUAUGAACCUCUCAGCAUCAUGACUGAUAUGUGGAGUAUGGGCGUAUUAACAUACGUUAUGUUGACAGCAUUUUCACCAUUUGCUGGAGAAAACCAACAAGAAACAUUUUGUAAUAUAUCUUCAAUGCAAGUCGACUUCCCAGAGGAAUUAUUCAGCGAUAAAAGUGACCAUUGUCAGGAUUUCAUUAGCCGUCUGCUUGUAAAAAAUGCCAAAAAGCGUUUAACAGCCCGUCAGUGCCUUGAACACCCCUGGUUGCAAUCCCAUGUAAUACAGGCCAACCUUCCACCUACUGUAUCCAAUAGCAACGAAUCAAAUAUGGAGGAAACUUCAUCCCAUUGCAACGAAAAGCAUCACCAAACCUUGCCACGGAUGACUGGGAGAAAAAACAUAAUAGAAUUAGAUGAGAAAGAUGUGCUUUCAGAAUCGUCAGUAAAAUGUAGUAAAGAAAUUCAUAUUGAAAUCCCCUCGGACUUUCGUUCUACGGUUAAAUCUGUGGAAACGUUAACGGAAAUAUCUGAUAAUAAAAACAAUAUGGUGGAAAAAAUACCAGUUGUCAACGGUGAUAUGCAUUGUAAAUCUAUGGAAGUUGAUGACAUUGUAAAAAAAGUGGCUGCCAGUGAACCAUUAAUAACAAAUUCUGUUUCACUUCAAAAUGAUGAAAACCGAAAAAAUGAAGAAAAUCAUUCUAAAGUUACGUAUAGUGUGAAUAAAACAAUUGUUUUGAAACCACUGUCUUCCUCUAGCUCUCUCGUGAAUAACACAAACUCAGACUCCUUUAUAUCUGAGCAGACGGAAAUUACUCAGUUUUCAAAAACAUUUGAAAAGCAGACAGAGUUAUCAAGUCCUACUGGUGAGCAAAAACCAUUUCCAAACGUCUCGAACGAUGGAGAAAUAUCUUCUACUCAGAAUAGCAUUGAAUUUAUUAAUCCAUUUAAUGGUAAAGAACAAAAGGUCAUUGCACGUAACAAGGUUCAGCGAAUUUCACUUCCAAGUCGUCUGCCCGGAGAGAGUAUAAAGAAUAAAGAUAAAGAUGAGUCUUUCAAACGUAGAUCCAUGGAGAUUCCCGUCAAAAGACGGAAAAGUGAAACUGUUGAAGAAGAUGAAGACCUGCAGAAAUUGGCGUCGUUAAAUCAUCGCACUAUUACAGUUGUUGAAGAGUUAACAGCCUUGGAAACUAACUCGGCAUCUGUUAAACAGUGAAUGAGUUUGUCUCGUAAUAAAAGGGUAUCGGUAGUAAUUAUAACUAUGUCAAAAAAUACUUACAAAUUAAUUUUUAUCAUUGUCAGACCUGGGCCCAGGGCAUUCAAUCUUAUUUCCCUCCAACACUUAUGUUAAUCUCAAAAUAGCCGAAUAAUUCCAUUGACGGGAUGUUAAACCCAACUCUUUUAUCACAUGAAUGCCCUGAAAAAUGUGAAAUUAUUUAGAAUGCUAAUGAGUCAUGAAACACAAGUUGAGGAAAAUGAAGUUUUAUGCCCUGGUGCCCUGUUUUGUUUUUCAUUCUUAUUGUAUGUCACAACGAGUUCAUUUACUCAUUAUCAUAAUAUAACAUUUGAGAAAACAAAUUAACCAUAUGAUAUUAUCAUAAGUAUCUUUAAACUUAAAUUAAAAUCAUAUUUUAACAAUAUGAACAAUGUUGGUUUAAGCUGUUGUACAAAAACCAUAUUCUGGCUAUAUCUUUUUAUGAGUCAUUGCAUGAGUAUUUUCCAGUUUAAAUAUAUUUUAAUCAAGUAAGAUACAGAUGUCUUUGCAUUUUUUUUUUUUACCAAUCAGACAAUUGUUAAGGAUUAUUUAUAUUAACUUUCUUUCCUACAUAAAUCAUAAAUAAAGAUGAUUCUUAGAAUAAACCAACCAGAACGAUUAACAACUCUGGCCAGAUUGAUUAACAACUCUGGCCAGAGAUACAAUAUUAUGGUCAGACAUGUGGAUUAAAAGAUUAAUUGAUUAAGAUUAUGAUAAUUUGUAUAUUAAUGAACUCUAUAAUGUGCAUGUUGUAAAGUAUGUGCGAGUAUUGUUAUCAGUCCAUAGUGGUCACAUUGAAUGCUAAAUUUACUAUUCUAAUAUCCUAAUGCAUUAUUUGAAUUUGAAUUGAAUAUUAAAAUAGCAUUUGAGAACAGUGACUGUACCGCACAGUGGAUGCUUAAGACUGGGUUCCGGAUCCAUUCCCCUGAUUUGAUAUUUGAUGUUUAUUUCUUGCAACGUCUAUUUAGUUUGUCUUGUCCGCAGGUUUGUCUAGUCAGUUUUGUUUUGUGUGUAGUGCGGUCCUCCUGCAUUUACUAUUUAAAUAUUCAAUUCAAAUGAUCAUAAAUCUUUCACAAAGCAGUCUAUAUUGCUUCAUCUGUUUGUUUAUUUUUGAAUGUUUGUUGAUUUCAUUUAAUAAGAUUAGUAAAUAUUUCAUAGUAGAGACAAAUACCAUCAGUUUCAAUUGAAAUUGAAUAAUCUUGGAUAAUACUACUUGAAGAUUCAAGUAUUUGUGUAAGCAACCAAAAACACCAUCUAAGGCGCCACAUUUUCUUGAAAUGUUCAAAUCAUACUUUGUACAUAGUUGUCUUUUAUAACUUUUUAUAAAAAUUUCUUGAAAUAAAAUAGAAAACGUUUAUCAAAAAUUUAAUGAAGACAUUUUAUAUAAAAAGUUGAGGAGAAAUUCUGUACAAGAUAUGAUAAAAAAACGUUGGCUGUUAUAAAACACAAGCUGGUAUCUAAUGGAAAUAUACUAUUUAUUGUGUUGUAAUUUUUUGAUGGAUUUUGUAACUCUUUAUUUAUUUUUGCAUGGAGACUUGUGAAAUGAUGUUCAAUAUUUGAUUUUCACCAAUUCAAACAUUUUAUCUCAUUUAAUGAUCAUUAUAAUACAGAUAUCUGUUUUUCUCGGAGGAUUUAUCAUUUUAACAUAUAUGACAAUUGACAUAAUUAACUAAUUCAGAAAGAAUACCAACAAUUAUUGUUUUUCUUCAUAAGAGGCUCAGAAUUCGGUAGUGAAUUGUAAUUUUGACAACCAAAAUCGUUUUAAAGAUUUCAAAAUUUGUCAAGAAAAUGUCUUUAUUAUCGAAACGUGGAUUUACGAGUUCUGUUAAAAUAAUUUUGUGAUUGAAGCAAUUGUGUUGGAUCAUCUUCAUUAUCAUCAUUGCCUGUCAUCAUCGAAAUCAUCAUCAUCAUCAUUAGUCAUUGUGUAUAUUACUUCAUAAAUCAUUAAGACUAUUCCAUUUAAUAAUACCAACAUUUAGGGGAAAGGAAUCGUCACAAAUGAUCCGAGAACCCAAUAAUUUUUAAAGGAUUAGUUCUUAUUAUAACGAUAUCUGUAUAAAUCAAAUAGACUCAUUUUUACUGAUUUAAAUACAAUGAAAAUGAAUUUAUAUGAAUUACAUAUUUUAUAAUUCUUGGCUUUAAUAUAUUUCACAUUUUCUGUUUUAAAUUUUGAUAAUUUUCAAAACUUUAAUGUCAAUGAUGAAGGUAAUACUGUAUUGCUACGUACUCCGACAAGGUGACUUUAUUUAUCACAAAACAGGAAAUGUGAAAUCAGCUCCGUCUGCUUGCUAUUUAUGUUAUUAUAUUUCUAACUGUAUUGUGGGAAUGUUCUCGUAAUUUUAUAAUUUAUGAAAAUUGACGACUCGACCAAUUUGGCCGUUGUGUGUAUGUGCAUGUAUAUAUGUAUAUUGAGCAAGGUUAGUGAUUGAUUAGAGCGUAAUUACAUCCAACAGACGCUAUAUUCUCAAAAACUUUAAUGUUACGAUUAUUUUUAGUUUGUCAAAGAUGAAUAUAGAAUAUCCCCACAGAACAAUACCAUCAUGAAAUUUCUAAAUAUAUUUGAAAUGUUGCAUUGGCCGAGAAAGUUCAUCGGGAUUUUCCGACGUGAUUUCCCCUUGUCAGUGGUGCAGGACGGAGGCCUGACAAACCAAGGUCCUGUGUUCACAUUGGAGUGCAUGUAAAAGAUCCCUGGGCAGUUGGAAUUCAAUAUAAGAGUAGGCCAUAGUGGCGCUGCCCAGGCAAAAUUUCCCUCAUAGCAUUUGACGUAUGCUCAUCCUCAUUAGCCCAGUCGGAGCAGAACAGUAGAACGUUAAACCCCAUUUCAUUUCUAUUUGAAAUGUUGUCCGACAAUCUAGUAUGAGUCAGCAUACCUUGCCCCUACACUGGUCCAGGAAUAAAUGUUUGUGUACUUACUUGUAAGUACUUUGUCCCUAGAAGAUAAUGAAUUGAAAGAUGAAAAAAAAAAAAAUUUUUUUACAAUAUUUCCAAUACUGAACAUUAAAGUUUUUGAGAGUCUGUUAUACAAUAUAUUAUUUUUUGAAACUGAAAGCUGAGCUAUUUUUGAGGCAGUGUUUUUUUCGAUAUAUUUAAGCUUUAAAUGUUCAAAUAUCUUGUUUUAUGCUUGUUGUUAAGAUCUAUAGAUUCUUUAGUGUCUUCAUUUGUAACGCAUUCGAAAUAACAAUAUUUCCCAAGCUGAAUUAGAAUAUCCCUGAUUAAUAUUUCCGAUCACAAUUAGAAAGUUUUAUUGGAACUAGAAAGUCCCCGAUUAGAAUUUGAAUGUUUUUGAUAGGAACUAGAAUGUAUUUGUUCGGAACUAGAAGGGUUUUUUUUACGGUAACUAGCAUGAAAGUUUUGUUCUUGUUCUCUAUUCUGAAUGUCAUGUCAGUUUGAUUAUAAAAAUAUCAGACUUUUAAGUGUUUUUAAAUGUAACAUAACAAGCUGUUUGUGAAUAUCAAUGCUAACUAAUUGUUUUUAUGUCAAAUUUGUGUCUUUCUUUUCCAGUCUGUCAUUUCUGAUUAUAGUAACAGAUAUUUAUUCACAAAAAAAUUGAAUAUUUUGUGUUUAUUCCUUGUUUGUUUACUAAUAUGAAUUAUGCAUGAAAAUAAAAAUUACCUCAUUAAUGAUUUUAUGCAUAAUAGUACACGUUCGUUGUUCAUCAGGUUUUGUAAGUGUCAUAUUCUAUAAUUAAACUUGUAUGUUAUGUAAUUAGGUUUCCUCCAAUGCAUGCAUUGUUUUUUAUGGAUAAAAAAGUUCAGUCCUUAUUUGACUCAUACUGUGGAAUGAACUAGGACUAUAUUUUUGUUUGUUUAAAGUCUCGGACGGUCAUUUGAGGGAUUUUUAAUCCCUCGCAAGCUGCCGUACUGAAAGUUGAAUCUAAAUCAAAUGAGAUUUAUUGUCCUAAUUUCCUGCAACAUAUUUGAUGUGAUUGUCAUGAAUAUUCCUGGUUAGAUGGUUAUAGUGUUGCUUUAAUUUCAAAUAAGCCAAAAAGUAUGUGUCAACAUAUUUCACAGCACCCAGUAAUCCAAUAUGUCCCAAAUAUUUAAGAUAACUUCAAUAAUUCAAGUAUUCCCAUCUGCACACAAAACCAAAAAAAACUCAAUUCAGUAUUUAACAAACUUCAUUUACUGUACAUAAACACAAUUCAUUUUGUUUUAAAAAAAUGACUAUUCCAUAAAUAUGUAGUAUAGGUUUAUGUUCAGAAGGAAUGAAAUGUUACUGUAUGACAUAGUCUUGAUCACACACCCCAAAUUGUCUCUGACACAGGCGCUUGAAGGGAUUACAAUAAAACUUAUUACUACUGCUUGACGAUAUAGAAGUUGUAUUUUAAUCCCUUCAAGUGCCUGUGCUUUUUGACUAAUAUUGGUCUGACAGAAUAGCAUCACAGAUAAUUAGUCAUGACUUACGAUUGGUUAAGAGGUGAACUGACCUUCACCUUGUGUUUAAAAUAUACAGAAUACAUUGCCUGAACUGUACAGUUACCAUGUACAACAUUGGAAGCUAUUUAUCCAGACCUAGAAAUGUUGCAGUUGUUUAAGAGACAAUUCGAGCUGGGACAGGACGAUCAAGACUAAUUCUAUCACGGUAAACAGGAUGUUAAAAUCAAAGAUUAAUGGUGUCGUCUAUUUUCAGGCUAGCUGGGGAGGUCAUGUUCAUAUGCGGGGGAACUGAGGUGGCUCAGUGAGUAAGAUGUUGGUUCUCUAACCUGAAGGUUCUGUGUUCAAUCCCGGUUUUGGCCGAGAAAGUUCAUCUGGAUUUUCUGGCAUGUGUUCCUCUUGUCUGUGGUACAGCACCGAGGACCUGGGAAGUGACAAAAACCAAGGUCCUGAACCCUUGACAGUAGGAAUUCGAAAUAAGAGUAGGCCGUAGUGCCGCUGUCCGGGCAAAAUUUCCCUCACAGCACACUUUAUGGUGUAUUCCCGGCUUUAUUAGCCUAGUUGGUUCAUUUCAUUUUCAUAUGGAAAAUUUGUUUAUCAGGAUUUCUGGGCUUAGGGUUACCUAACGCUAACCCUUGUGGGAAUUUCUAACCUCACCAACUAGCCUCAAACUAGACACUGCCAAAUAGCAAGGAGCUGCACGAUGUAACAUAGCAGCUUUUAUAAACAUUACCAAUUCUCAUAUAAAACAUCUAAAAAGAUCUCGUACAAAAAAUUCCUUAUCAUUCCUACCUUAGUUUUUAGGGAACAACUUUUACACCCGUAAUUUUAAUUUUAAGCACAGUUAGUACAAGUAUAGAAAUCGGGUCGAUUUUUUGGUCGGCUUAAGUAUAAUAUUAGAAUUUUUACAUGUAUGUUAUCUUACUUGAAUUUAGAUGCAAAAAUUAUUUGCUGUGUGAUAUUAGCGUAAUUAGGAGAUACUAACUUAAAAAAUAGCACCGAAAUAACAUUACUGGUUAUGCUUUCUACUUAAAAAUCGACAGUUAUUUUUGACACUCGAGCAUUCAAGAAGAAAACAUGACCUGUAACCUGAUUUGAGAUUUUAUUCAAAUCUGAAACUUGUCAUAGUUACCUUAAAUAUGAUAUGAUUCCAAUACAGCAUUAAAGUUAUUAUCCUUUUGGAUUAAAUUUUAUGUCAACAAAUGAGCAAACAAUAAAAAUGUAAAUCGACAUAAAAAGACCAAAUAUUGAAUCCUGAAAAAUAUAAACCAUCAGUGUGCUUAUAAAAUGUUGAUGCAAUUAUUAAAAAGUAUAAUUCCACCAAAAAAAUGAUCUGUAGUGUUUUAGGGAACAAUGGUAACCAUAUCUACCCUUUUAACCCCAGCAAAUCAGGAUAUUUUUACUGCUGAGGGAUAAUUAUACAAUAUACAUGUAAUUUUUUGUUUGAUUUUAUGUAAAAUCUUCAAUUCAUGAUUGUAUUUGAUUCAUUAAAACAUUUUUGAGGGCUUCAUUUAAAUUAUUUUGUCAGAUUUAGUUUGUUUCCAUCCAGUCAGGAUCAGACAGUAUUCUGACCAUCCGAAGAACUAGAAACUUUUUAAUUGGAUGGGUGAAACUUGAUAUAACGAUAUAAUUUAUUAGAGAAUAUAGUAUUAUAUAUUUUAUUAUCUGAUUUACAAAUUGAUUUCGAUAUAAAAUGGUGAGGUUUGGAUGUUGUCAGUGUGUCCGCCUUCUGUGUCUUUUCAUGGUAUAAAAUUUGUUAAAGUUAAUUUGUUAUUAGAAAAGAAAAGGGAUACAGAACACGAUAUUUUUGAUUUUGGAAUUAUUUGGCAAAUUGAAAUUUAACUUUACAAAUCUUUUUUCUUUUAGAUAAACCUCAAUGGACCGUUCAGGUUAAUUUAGGGUUAGAUUAGAUUCAGUCUAAAUGUAGAUGAUCCAAACUAAUCACCCUUAGUUAUAUAGGCUGACAUUGGCUGUGACUGAAACGAACCCCAGGUCUAACAAAUUCUCACAACAGAAAAUGAUUUAGGUUGUCUUGAAUGGAGAUGACAAAAGAAUAGUUUUGAUUCUUUUUCAACUAAGGUACCAUGAGAAAACAUGAAUAUUUUUUAUGUAUGUUAAUGUGAUGGGUUUUUAUACAGUAGAUUACAAUGAGAGUGUUUGUAUUUUAUAUACUCUUUGUUUUGAAAUUACAAUUAUUGAACGGAAUGAAUUGAAUAUAACUAUUUAUUAAAAUUAGUUUAAUAUUACUAUAAAACAAGAAAUGAACUGAGAAAUAUUAGGUCAAUGAUAAAGUAAAAGUAGGUUAGUUGCAAACAAUGAUAUUGUCAUUGAUUAACUAUCUACCCUUUUGGUCCCUAAAUAACCCAUUUUUCUCUCUCUCACUGAAAUGUGAAUGGUGAUAUUCUUACAUCAAUUCUUGUUUAAUGCUACAAAUAUUCAUAGUAAAACCUUUUCUUCUUUUGUUUUACUGAUAUGUAAUAAAAUUUAAUUUAAGGAAGAUAGUGCUUCAAAAAGACAUGAUUAACAAUUAAAGGGAGAUAACUGUACAUUUACUUGUUUAUAAGGAAUGAAGUUUUAAUGUAGAUAGUAGUGUAGUUGUAUAUUGACUACAAUUGAUGUAUACUAAUUUUAUCACAUAAUUUAACAUAAAUCUUUGAUAUUUUUUGUUUGUUUUAUGUACAAAUAUAAUUUUUUUUUUUAGUUUUAAUUUUUGAUGUAAAUAGAGUAGAGUGGACCGUGUAUGGAACAAUAUGUUAUUGUAAAUGUGACUUAAUAUUAAUUAAAAUGCUUUUAUCAAAAUGGAUCUGUCAUUA